AUGUUCGGGAUGACAGCAGAGGUAGCGACCGUGACAACAGUAGUGGUAGUAGUCACGAUGGCGGGGUGGUUGCUCGGUGGAGUUGAUGGUAGACAACCAGUGUUGCAUAGAGUUGGAGGAGGAAAAUACACUUGGACAACUAAUAUUAACUUCACUGAUUGGUCAAUUCACGAGCACUUUUACGUUGGUGAUUGGCUCUAUUUUGGGUUCGAUAAACGUAUCUACAACGUGCUACAAGUGAACAAAACAAGCUACGACAGUUGCAACGAGAAUGAUUUCGUUUUCAACGUGACAAGAGGCGGACGAGACGUGUUCAACCUAACACAAGCAAAGCCAUACUACUUCCUAAGUGGAAGAGGGUUUUGCUUUCAAGGAAUGAAGGUUGCUAUCUUUGUUGAAGACUCUCCUCCCAUUUCAUCACCCAAAAUUGCAAACCAUUCUUCAUCUAUUCAACCAUUAAAGCCUCUCUCAUCCCUCUCCCUAUUCAUCACCAUUGCCUUCACUAAAUUCCUUCUAAAUUAGAGUUAGUUCGU